CCGGAAGCGGGCCGGCCCUGUGGCGGGCACACCCUGCGCUGCCGUAAGUGACGCGGGGCCCGGGCCGCACGCAGCGGGAUGGGGCCCGGCGGGCUCGGGCUGGCGCUGCUGCUGGCGCUGGCGGCGCCCGGCGCGGCCCUGCAGAACGUCACGGCGCAGCUCUUCGGCAGCGAGGCCUACGGGACCCUGGCGGCCUUCGGGGACUUCAACUCGGACAAGCAGACGGACCUGUUCGUGCUGCGAGGCGGAAAUGAGCUGAUUAUCUUUUUGGCUGACCAAAAGGAACCCUACUUUAAGCCCCGUGUGAAGUUACCCAUGAAAUCUCUCGGUGUUACCAUAACCAGUGUAGUUCCUGGAGAUUAUGAUGGUGAUUCACAAAUGGACGUUCUCCUGACUACCCAGGCACAAAGUCAUGGCAGAGAUGAACUUUCAGUGUUUAUUUUCUGGGGGCACAACCAAACAUUGGAUCUUAACCAUAAAACUAUGUUAAAUAAGACUUUUCAUGAUGAGCCUCUCGUAAUGGACUUUAAUGGAGACUUGAUUCCUGACGUGUUUGGUGUCACAAGCGAUUCAAACAAGCCACAGGUAUUUCUGGGCGGGAACUUAUCAUCACAUGCUACGUUGGAAACUCCCAGUAGAAUGUAUAUACCGCACUCUCAUGCCUUUAUAGAUUUAAAUAAUGACUUCACUGCUGAUUUGUUCCUUACCACAUCACCAGAUUCAAAAACCAUUCAGUUUGAGACGUGGGUAAAUAAGGAUGGGAAUUUCUCUAAAGCUGGAAACACGAAGGAAAUGCCCAGUGGUGUGAAAGUUGUUGGACAGUCCGUGUUUGCAGACUUUGAUGGGGAUGGACAAAGUGAACAUUUAUUACCAGUCUGUGAAGAUGCAAAAUGUCAAAAAAGUGCCAUCUACUUAACUAAGCCGGGAUUGGAUCAGUGGAUUCCAGUCUUGCAAGACUUCAGAAAUAAAGACACACUCUGGGGCUUUGUACCAUAUCACAAUGACAAAUCUUCAGUGGAAAUUUCUUUUCCAAUUACACUUCAUAUUGGAGAUUACAAUAUGGAUGGCUACCCAGAUGCUCUUGCUAUACUAAAAAACACAUCUGGAAGCAAUCAGCAAGCGUUUUUACUCGAAAACGUCCCGUGCAAUAACGUGAGCUGCAAGAGCGUCCGUCGCAUGUUCAAAGUGUUUUGGGAGCUGUCGGAUCUGAAUCAAAUCAAGGACGCGGUGGUGGCCGCCUUCUUCGACAUCUACGAGGACGGAAUCCUGGAUAUCAUUGUGCUAAGCAAAGGCUACUCCAACAAGGACUUUGCUAUCCAUACGUUAAAAAAUAACUUUGAAGCAGAUGCCUAUUUUGUUAAAGUUAUUGUUCUCAGCGGCCUCUGCUCUAACGACUGUCCUCGCAAAGUCACUCCUUUUGGUGUCAAUCAGCCAGGUCCUUACAUCAUGUACACGACUGUAGAUGCGAACGGAUACCUGAAAAACGGGUCAGCGGGCCAGCUCAGCCAGUCCGCACACUUCGCCCUCCAGCUGCCCUACAACGUGCUGGGCUUGGGACGCAGCGCCAACUUCCUCGACCACCUCUACGUGGGCAUUCCUCGUCCUUCGGGAGAAAAGUCCAUAAGAAAACAAGAAUGGACAGCUAUCAUACCCAACUCCCAGCUGAUAGUCAUCCCCUAUCCUCAUAACGUUCCUCGAAGCUGGAGUGCCAAACUGUAUCUGACCCCAAGUAACAUUGUGCUGCUAACAGCUAUAGCCUUAAUUGGUGUCUGUGUUUUCAUCCUGGCUAUAAUUGGCAUAUUACACUGGCAAGAAAAGAAAGCGGAUGACAGAGAGAAGCGGCAGGAGGCUCAUCGGUUCCAUUUUGAUGCCAUGUGACAUGCCUUAAUAUUUCUGAAGGAGCUGCUACUCAUUUGCUUAAUUGCAAUACUAAGUUCUGAUUUGUGAAAUGAUUACCGUGACAUACUGCUGGUGUGCUAUUUGUAAAUGUUGCAUUAUUUGGUAGUUGUUUGGAAAGUAUUAAAAUUAGACCUGAAUGUCUCCCAAGGCCUUUCUGUUAACAGACUGUACAUAAUAGGACUUGAUCUUUAUUUAACAGAACUGUACAUUUAUUUUUCUUAGUAAAGGGAUCAAAUUGCAUGUACCGUUGUUUACGUACCACCCGUUCUUUAGUAACAUUUGAUAGAAAGAGCUGUGUAAAUAAAGUGUAGCGUUUCAGUGAGCAGAAUACUUUGUACCACCUGAAUUGCUCUUGUCAUUUGUACAUUCCUGCAAAAUAACCUGCAUUUCUGAAAAUCCAGCUUGAGUAGUUUCCCAGCUGACGCGGUCAUUCGUUAUUUUGAUUGUACUCCAUGGUGCUCAGCCUGAAGUAUUCUGUAUUCCUCUUUAUUUACACCCGUCUGUGCAAUAGUUAGAGGAAGCAGGGCCUGCAGAUGUACCAGCGGCCUGCAGCGCCGGUGCAGCUGCGCAGCCGUCGCGGGGUGGAUGCAGUAUUUAUGUGUGUUAGCUCUAGAGAGAACACAACGCAUUAAAAAGUUAAAACCAUAAAAUGUAUCAGCAUUACAUAAACUGUUUUCAUAAGCAAACUAUAACCAUAUUUAUUUUAGGAAGGCCUAAUGUUGUUAUGAAAGGAACUUUUCAUUUAUUUAUUCUAUUUAUAAGAAAGGUCAGGGAUUUUUUUGUUUGGUUUUGGUUUUAAACAAGUUUGAAAGAAACAUUUUGGAGCGGCAGGAGAAUGAGGAUUGACUCCCUAACAUUCAUUGCUAAAGGAUGAGAUACGUGAAGAUUAAAGUAAGAAUACAAUAGGUCAGUCAGAAUAAGCCAUGUAUGUUAUCUGUGUGCACUCCUGUGCCCGGGUGUCAUGAGGAUGUAACAAUCACAUCAGGCGAGUAGCUCGACUUCAUAUAUUUACAAUGGUGACAAAGGUGCAAUUGCUCAGUGUGCUUUGGAUCUUGGAAGAGUCUCAAAAUAAUCAUGCUUUAAUUUAAUAGUUAUUCAGGACAGGACAGGACAGACAGGAUGGACAGGACAGGACAGAUAGGACAGGAUGGACAAGCCAGGAUGGACAGGACAGGACAGCCAGGCCAGGACAGACAGGACAUGACGGACAGGACAGGACAGACAGGACACGACGGACAGGACAGGACGGACAGGACAGGACAGCCAGGCCAGGACAGACAGGACACGACGGACAGGACAGGACGGACAAGCCAGGACAGACAGGACACGACGGCCAGGACAGGACGGACAGGACGGACUGGCCAGGACAGACAGGACACGACGGCCAGGACAGGACGGACAGGACGGACUGGCCAGGACAGACAGGACACGACGGCCAGGCCGGCCAGGCCAGGCCGAGCUGGUCCUGUUCCCCCGCUCACCCUCAGCACCUGCCCCCGCGGCAGCACCGACCCGUCCCCACAGCAGCACCACGUCUGAAAGUCCCGACAAGAGCCGAGAAGCGCUCUGCCAAGCCAUGGGCUUUACCAGGGAUUUCCAACGUGAACUGGUGAGAUUGCAGUAAAGGAGACUUGCACCUGACACCCUGUGACCACUCGGGACAGCACCUUUCCUUCCUGCACGCCUUCCUUAGAGUGGUGUGAAAAGGUAAGAUUUCUGAGAUAAAUACUUCACGCUAUGGGACUUUUUAAACCGCGUUGAUAGAGUUUGCUCCCGACAGCAACAGCAAUAACAGGUUUCCCAGCUCAGAGAAGCAGGAUCCAGCACAUCGUCCUGUCUGUGUCAGACGGUCGCGGAGUGUAAGGCCGAGCGCACAAUGCCGCCGGGGCAGCAACGUUGGCUGUAGCCCAAUAUAAAAACCAUAGAUUACCCUCCUUAUGUUUUUUGGAAAAACAAUUAGGAACUAAAUAAGCUCAUGCUGACAUUUAAGCUGUUCUCAAAUUAACAACAAUGAACUUGGUAUCUUUUGCUUUAAGGUGUUUUGCAUGCUCCGUAGCGCAUCAUUGCAUCGCUUUGUAUACCAUACAUUGUUGGUACGUUAAUAGUUUUCUUCUAAUAAAGUUUACCACAGGUUCUAACUACUCGUAGUUUGGCUCACGCCACUAUAUGCACACUUUUUUGAAUGAAAGCAUUAAAUAUUGUUAAACCUCUUGUCAAA